GGAGGCCGAGUCCGGCCAGCCUUUCGCUUCCAAACUUGCCCGCAGUAAUGCCUCUCCGCGCGACAUUCCCAGGCCGGCGACACGCUGUUCACAACCCAGCAGGAGAUGAAAGGACUUGGCCCCGCACCGAGAGAACUGGGUAGCCAAAAUUAGUCACAGCCCAGCUCCCCCAGUCCCUCACCUUAUAGACGGCCACACAGGCUGAAGUGCAGCCCAGGUGAACUCCAAUGGCCGCCAUGAGGCGGCAGAGACGGCGGCAGCACUAAUGAGUGGUCCCCCUAUGGCAACAGCUCCAGGCCUCCGAACGGCCCCAUCAGGCACCGCGGAAAUUUCACGUUCCCGCCCGCCCACUGCGUCCCGUCCGUCCGCCGCGGCCUCCCGCAUCGCCGCCAAUCAGCGUGAAGGUUUCUCCUUUCCUCUCGGACUGUCUGCGAAUAGCUUUACUGCGUCCCCUCCUAGCCCCCGCCCCACCGGAAAGGCACCGCGUGUGCGAUAGUGCGCACGCGCCAGUGAGGAAGCGCCUGGAAGGGGCGCGGACUCUUGGUUCCGCCUCUUUCUGGCCCCUUUCGAGGAAGCCAAUGGAAACUCCCGGUGGAAUUGCGUCAUUUGUCCUAGCAACUCUGGGCAGAUUCCCUACGGCCCCGCCCCCCUCCGCCCCCACAGAAGUCGGCUCCUCAGCGUCCUGUAACAGCCCAGGGCUAUAGCAGCCUGGCUGUUGUAGGACGGAGGUGACGAGGUGUUCGGAGCGGCUGGCUCAGCAUGCGGGGCGCGGUACCAGCCACGAUGGUGGCCUUUUGUGCCGGGCUUUGGGUCUCUAACCUGGGGCCCGCCCUGGGCCAGGAGGCCGGGGCCGACUGUGAAGUAUGUAAAGAAUUCCUGAACCGAUUCUAUAACUCCCUGAUCGCCAGAGGAGUCCAUUUUUCCCUGGACACCAUAGAAAAGGAAUUGGUCAGCUUUUGCUUGGAUGUCAAAGGAAAAGAAAACCGCCUGUGCUAUUAUCUAGGAGCAACCAAAGAUGCAGCCACCAAGAUCCUAAGUGAGGUUGCUCGCCCAAUGAGUGUGCAUAUGCCUGCAACAAAGAUUUGUGAGAAGCUCAAGAAGAUGGACAGCCAGAUCUGUGAGCUGAAAUAUGAAAAGCAGCUGGACCUGGCAUCAGUGGACCUGUCAAAGAUGAGGGUAGCAGAGCUGAAGCAGAUCCUGCGCAGCUGGGGGGAGGAGUGCAGAGCCUGUGCGGAAAAAACCGACUACGUGGAUCUCAUCACAGAACUGGCCCCCAAGUAUGCGGCGGCGCACCCCAAAUCAGAGCUCUGACCCUCAGGCGCCAACGCGUCGCUGAUGACAGACACGGUGACUCUUCAGGAUAUGGAUUUGUGGGUUAGGAGUAACUGGGAGCUGUGCUCUGUGUGGUCUCAUACUUUUUGUGUUGCUAAUACCACCAAUCAAGGCUUGGUUAGGGGGGUUGUAAUUAAAAGUGCUAGUAUCAGUGGUA